AUCUGCUUGAGAGUGACGCGCACACUCGCAGAGAACGAGAGAAAGGGCAUGUCGGCUUAGCUCCCCUCCUUUUUCAUCCCGCCACUUUGCUGCAUUUAAGUGGGAUAUUGGCUGGAUUCAGUCUGUCUUUUCCUCGCACUCUCUCUCUUCUCCCUUCAUCCCUCUGUUCCCCCUUCCCUCCUCCUCUUCCUCCUCUUCCCCCUCCUUCACUCCUUGCCCUCUGUAGAGGUCUGGAUCACAUUUAAAACCACAUGUUCCUGUGUGCGAGCAACUGAGCCUGGAAGUCUGCAAGCAGGAAACGUGGUGACAGUGGAGUGGGACUGGAGCGCACAGCGACGGGACAGACGUGCACGCCUCCCAGAUGGCCUUGCACGCACUGGCGGCUGGAAAAUACUGGAUGUGAGCAAACACAUAUAUGGUGUGACACAUCUGGGUCUGUGGAGGCACUGGGCCAAAUUUGGCCGGUCCAAGACGGAUGACAACACCAAGGGGUCGUCCUGCUCAGAAAGAAUCAUACAAAAGAGAAGGGAAAUUCUUCCUCGGCCAAGUACAAACUGUUGUCCUAGACCAGCACUGAUUGAUGUCUCUAUCUCCUCCUCUUUUUUUUUUUUUUUUUUUUUUUAAAGAGGAGAUCCCAUUUGGCUCCGGAAAGCUCGUUGUCACAGGUCUCUCUUGGUGCUCCUGUGUGGUCCUGUGUGAGAAACUUGCUUCGUGAUUUGUGAGUGUGCGUGAGUGUAUACGCAGACUGGCCUCUCUCGCUGCUUAAUCGCUGGACGGUACCCUGGAGAGUAAGUAGCAGGAUGAAGACACAGAAAUGUACUGGACUUCACAUGUUGCUACUCCUGUAUGUCAGACUGAUGCUGGCAGUGGACGCCUACAGACCCCAGAGAGACAUAAACCAGGAGAAGUGGGAACAAGAACUGAGGGAAGCCGGAAGUCUGGAUGAGCUUCUGAUGUUGACCGAAUACCCGGACUGGAAGCUAUGGAGAUGCAGACUCAAGCUGAAGCACUUUGACGACGCUUCUCCACCCGAGAACCGCAGGUCAACUCGCUAUGCGGCUGCAUCAUUCAGCCCAGAGAUGCUAAAAGAUAUUGAUGACGAAUGGCAGAAAACACAGUGUAUGCCCAGAGAGACGUGUGUAGAAGUGGCUAAAGAACUGGGCACCAAUACGGCGGUGUUUUUCAAGCCCCCAUGCGUCUCUGUCUUCAGGUGUGGCGGCUGCUGCAACAAAGAGGGAGUUACCUGCCGAAAUACAAGCAUGACUUAUGUCAAUAAAACUAUUUUGAGUGUGAGUCUGGCGCCGUAUAAAUCUGGACCAGAGCCUGUGCUGGUGAAAAUAGCCAAUCACACUGAGUGUAAGUGCCAGGAACACGCGCUGAUCCGCAGACAUGUUCGUGAGAAGCACAGGAAGAACGGUUGCUCUCCUACACGUAAGCCCGAAGACAAGAGGCUAUGCAACAAAGGUUUAAUAUGGGACUGGAUGGCGGAGAGAUGUGUGACGUACCCCUCCAGUAAACAAGAACCGCCAUCUACCGUCAGUGAGGAGGACUGUGAGAUUGAUGUAGAGCGAUGUGAAUGUAUUCCAAAACGGACAGACAGAUUACACCAUACGUGACACAAUUCAACAAAUCGUCUAAACUAAAGCUGCAAGAGAGAAAACAACAAUGAACUCGACACCCUGACAAUCUGCAAGUGCCGAAUGCAGAGACUGCAAAAUACCAUUUAAUUUAUUUAUCUCUCUAUUUAUAUCAAAUAAAAAUACUUUAUUAACAUUUAUUCACACAUCUCAUCAGUAUCAUGGCAGCGAUGGCUUUCUAAAUAUAAAAAACAACUCUGCUUUUCCUGUCUGAACACAUUGAAAAAUGAAAUCUGAGGUAAAUGUCUCCUUUGCACUGAAAUCAACAUUUCAUCGUAAAGAAUAUCUGUGGAAUUUUCUUAGAUAUAAUUUAUAUCUAUAAUAGUUAUAUUUAAGUAUAACUUAUAAUUUUUCAAAAUGUUUCCUGAGGGGCUAAUAGGGUCCCCUCCAUCAUGUUUCCAUUGCACAAGAGGACUAUAUGUUGGAUGGUGAAGUUCUUCAAUGACUAAGCCUCUUUUUAAAUUGUCUUCCCCACUGAGCAUGCUGCCAACAAUAAGAAAACAUGUACUGAAGAUAAAAAGCUGUUCAAAUAAAAAAUGGCAAAUUUAAAAAAUAAA